AAUUUCCAAAAUCUGAAUCUAGAUUAUUGUUUUGAAUAUCUUGUUAAGUUUAAGUUCAGUCAAAUCUGAGAGCUCCCCCCUUCCUGAGCCCACUGGCUCAGCGGUGGCGUGCGAUGCAAGUGUUUAUGAGAAGUACACCGAACGAUAUAGAAUAUAGAAAUACAUUGAAUUGUAAAAGUAUCUAUGUUGCAAUUCAUUUAACAUGGAAUUUUAAGAAAUAAAAUCUGCAAAGAUGGUUGUCGGUGCCUUUCCAAUUGCAAAAUUGGGAAUUCUAGCAGUGCGGCAAUUAUCAAAGCCGUUGGCAAGUCGGAUUAAAGCUAGGGCUAAACGAAGUUAUUUUUUUCGCACCUAUAUUUGUAUGCCACCUGCUCAAUUGUAUCACUGGAUGGAAGUUAAUGUCAAAAUGAGAAUGUUGAAUCUCGGAAAACCAACAGAAGUGCCAAAGCUAAAUGAAAACAUGGCCAUUGAUCUUGGAGCUGAACUUUUAGGUGAAGUAAUUAUCUUUUCUAUUGCUGCAGCAUCUAUCACAGCAGAAUAUAUAAGGUCUUCUUUAAAGGAGAAGGAGAAGGAAGCUGAAAGAGAAAGAAAUUUUAUAAAUUUAGAAAAUGAGAUAAAUGACCUCAGAUUUACUGUUGAUAGACAAGAAGCAGAAAUCAGACACUUAACUCGUGCUUACUAUGCCCUUCAACAGAAUCAGUUGGACAAUAAACAGUAUAAAAGCAAACCCCCUAACCCUACAUCAGAGAGCAGUGACAAACCAAAAGAAAGCAAAGAUAUACUUCAGAAGGCAAAAGAUGAAGCUAGUAAAUCUCCGAAAAGAGAAAGAUAACUUAUGUAUUAGUAUCUUUAAAGUUAGUUAGGUUUCUUAAACAUGUAUUAAUUGGUUAAGAAAAACUAAUUAAGCUAAGUAUGCAUUAUAUAUAGAAAGUUCUUGUGUUGUAGUUCAAAAGGAAAUUUGUGGUUAUUAAAUUAUUUUAUAUUUGCUUUACACAAAAUAAGGAGUUGGCUAAAAGUAACAUGAAGUUUACAUUGAACAAGAGAACUAUAGCUUCAUAAGAUAUAGGCCGAAAUAUAAUAUGUUAUCUACACGUUUGUAUUCUACUAUAUAUUAGUCACAUUUCAAUGCCAUAUAAAUUUGAGAUAUUUAAAUGAUACUGAGUUGAUUUAGUUUAAAAAAAAAAGUUGCUAAGCAAGAUAAAGGACAAAGUUACUUUAUCCAACUGUCAAAUGUUAUGGUACCAUAGUAUACAACGUAUUUUAAUGUGUAAUCCAAGGAUGCAAAUUGCUAAUAAAAGGGGGGGAAGGUUUAAAUAGAAAUGAAACCUGGAUAUGCACAUUAACACAAUGACACACACACACAAACAAUAUACCAUAUUGUCCCGAUUAUAGGAUGAUCUUGAAUAUAAGGUGACCCCAUUUUCAGAAACCAUGGGGAAACAAAUUGAGUGUCAUAACAUCUUUUUUUAGGUCUGAAAGAUCAGUACUAUAACUGAACAGUGUGCAGGUGGAUUAGUUACAAGAAUUACCAAUGGCUUUGAGCAAACAUCUGGUGCACAUGUGUAGAUGGAUGCUAUCUGGACAUCCAGCAAUGCAACAGGUUAGAAUAGGGGAAAGGGGCCUGUGGUCAGCCAUAAUUAUAAGGCGACUAUGAAUUUUACAACCUAAUUAUUAAUCAAAAGCAUCACCUUAUAAUCGAGCCAAUAUAGUAUAUAUAUAUAUAUAUAUAUAUAUAUGUGUGUGUGACCAUAUUUGCAAUGUAAAGAGAUUAAAUGAAGAAAAAUUUUAAGUUUUAUUUUCAUAUUCCACAACAUGAACUCAAUACAACUUAUGAUCUUAUAAAGAGAGAAGGUUCAUAUGAUACUUUGCCCCAUCUCCUCAAAAAUUGGGGCACAUUUACCUUAGGGAUUUGCCUCAACGGUUUAACCUAUAUUUAAGAAAUUUCAGAACCUGUUUUGUUACUGUAGUGACCACCAAAACUUAUUAUUAAUAAAGAUUUCUGAUGGAAAACUGGUAAGUGCAUCAUGAAAAAUAUCAAACAGCAUCCAAAUGUUGUCAUUCUUCUGUCUUUAUUACAUCCACGUUUCAAAAUUAGAUAUUUUUUUUUAAGUACAAAGCUGGUCAUAUAAUGGAAAAAUAUGUGGCUAGCAUUUCUCACUUAAGCAUCCUUGUAGUUAAGUUGAACAGUCCUUUCACUUCCAUUUACAGAACUAUUGGAGUUCCCUGAAGGACUUAUUUUUUGAGUGCUUCAAGACAGACUACUUAUUGUUUCAAAUUUGUAGGAUUUAGUCAAUUUGCACUGCAAAGCUUUUACUGGGGACUAUAAAUACUUAAAGAAAUAAAGUAAGGUAUUCUUUUUAACUAGUGUAACAAUCCUAAAUAUUCAACAUCAGCAGCUCACAGAAGGUCAGUAUUGUUUGUAAAUAAAAGUUUCAUAACAAGGUUAAUCUUUAUAACUUGUUUCAUAAACUUUAGAUUCACUGAAACUAGUAUAGAAAAAACAGAAGAUUAAAAUUUUUUUUAAUGGUGAGACUACUGGUAAUUUUCUUUGUAGUUGUUUUUCCCAGUAUGAUGUUAGGUUAAAUGUCAUUUGUUCAAGGAAGGAAAAGAAUUUACUACCCAAGACUAUCAAUAUCUAUUUACAAUAUGCAGCAAAAGUAGCACUUGUUACAGGAUGUCUUGUUUGUUGCAUGUUUUAGAUAUAGCAAGUUGAAUUAGACUGAUGUAAUAUGAAACCUUUUACAAAUGUCGAACAGUGUUACCAUCAGUUAAAUUUUUAGACAUAAAAGGUGUUUAAUUUUCAAUAGUUGAACUCUAAUAAUCAUGUUUUUUUUUAUCCACAUUGUUGUGGUAGAAUAAGUAGUAUGAUAUUAAUUAUUGAAUCCCUGCAUUUUAUCGUGGUUAUUCUAAUAACCUUCAUUAUUCGUAAGUGUGGGCUACUUGUUAUUUUCAAGCCCAAGCCUGAUACUUAAGAAAUGUUCAUGAGGGCAAUAUAUAUGAUAAUGUGCAGCUAAGUCAGAGUCUUAUACACCUAUAAACUAAGGAGAAUUCAAUAUGUUAUCUGAUAUAUUUAACUAGACCUAUUAAUAAAGACAGUGCUCUGGAUGGUAUUGAUUGUUUGAAAUUUCUGUUAAUGUAUUAGGUUUUUAACGAAAAAAAAAAUUACAUAUAUAUAUAUAAUCGUUUCUCAGACUUUGUAAAAUGGAAAAUCUAUCAAUAACCAUGACUUGAUUAUAACAGAAAAUGGUCAUGUAAAAUCACUAUUGAAAUAAAAAUCCAGCAUAUAAACAUGUUGCUGAGGCUACAAAUAUUUUUUUUUGUGAUACAUCAUUUACCUUGAUAAUGUUUGAACUCAGAAUAAUAACAUGCAUUAAAUCAAAUAAAUGUUGUUUUUUUGUAAUUUAAUGAAUAACUGGAUUUCUAUUGGCUGUUCUAAUUUUCAUAUUAAAGGAAAUGGUGUAGAAGAAUUGCCAUACUUAAAUAUUUAUUUGUUGAAUUGGACCCUUAUUUUAUAAGCACGUAGCAUCCAGUAAGGAUUAACUAGCAUAUUUAGGAUAUUAAUUAACUGGGUACUCUGUUGGACUGUGUAACGUGAUUAAAGUUUUAAUCAUUUGGUUAUUUCUCUGAAAAUGCCCCCCAGUGGCACAACGGUAUGUCUGCGGACUUACAACGCUAGAAACCGGGUUUCGAUACCCGUGGUGGGCAGAGCACAGAUAGCCCUUGUGUAGCUUUGUGCAUAAUUAAAAACAAACAAACAAUUUCUCUGAAAAAGACUAACCAAAAACAUAGAUUUCUUUUAUAAGAUCUACAUUGUGCAUUAUAUCUACUCGACUGUGUAAGAAUGAUGUUAUCUUACAUGGUUAACACAGCAGCAAAUUAACCUCUUGAUGGUCAGCACUUGAAAAACUAGUGAAGAACUUCUCAACAGAAUCAUUUUACUGGUUGUGUUCAUGAACAUACACUUGAACGAGCUUCGAAUGUUUUAUUUGUAUAUGAUUAUUCAAUCUAACAUAACAUUUAGAAAACAAAGAAAAUAAAACUUGUCUAAACCAAACAAUCCGUUUG